AUGCAACCGCGGGACCGCGGCGGAGAGGCGCAAGAGGGAGACGCGUACGAGGGGUUGGAGAGAAAGAGGUCCGCGCCCCCUCCCCCGAAAAAGUGUCUCAUCAGGAGGACCCGCGGAUCUGAGGAGUACGCACGGCAACCCAGUGGCUACCGCCUUCUCCAGUGCACAAGCCCAAAUCCCGAAGUCUGGACUUUGCCUUCCUCCCCUUCCUUUUCCCAGGCGACUCGCCCUCGCCCCGCCGCCGGAGGGGCCUCACAGCCAAUCAAGUUCUCCCGAGACUGCAGCGCCCAGGCCCAGGUGUCUCCCAGACCAACGCAUCCGUCCCCUCCCCCUGGGCCGGCACCUUCCAAAAUCAGCUCCCCUAGGGCUGGCCGAGGCUGCCCGCGACCCCAACGUCAGCCAGACCUCCCUAAGAAGCGAUCUCCCCGCCCGACGCCCGCGUUCCAGCUUCAGCCCUCUGUCCGUAGAGUUCCCAAGACCCCCCACCCAACCGGGGCAGCAGCAGCCACAACAGCAGCCCGCCGGCCCCUAAUUGUUACCAUGCCCGGCGCCCCCGCCCGCCCCGACCCGUCCACAUCUGGCUACGUUUUCCAGUCAUCUUCUCACCACACCAGCCAACCAACAUCUACCACCCCCCCAAAACCCGCAACAGCUAGCCGUCGUACGCCUCCUCCUAGUCGGCCCCGCUCCCUCCCCAAUCCCGAGCUCCCCAGCCUCAUUCUUCAUCCCACCUUCUUUCCUUCCUCCGGGGUCGUCCCUUUCCAGCUACUUACUGGCCGGGAUUAA